UUUUUUUUUUUUUUCUUUAUAUUUUCUUCUUUUCGCAGUGUGCUUUCAUUUUUGAGACGUUUCCAUUUACUAAAUAUAACUCCGAUUAAAGUUCAGAAACGCAUACAAUCAUAUUUAUGUAUUAUAUAUAAUGCUUAUUAUCUCCUUUAUAAUUUAAUCGAAAUCGAGCGAUAUAGUGAUUCGGAAUACAAAUAUUUAAAUAUAUUUGUAAAAUAAAAAAAAAAUAAAAAAAAAACAGAUGGCACAGCUUAAAUCUGCCACAUAACGCGUACAGUGAAGAGAAACCUGCAGGAUACUCGUUAACUCGUUCUUUUCACUUUAUUUAGUGCACAUUAAUAUUCACAUUUCAUAUGAAGCCAGCGAAUAGAUUAUAGAAAAUAAAUAAAGUAUAUACAUGUAUGUGCUCAGCCUCUAAGUCAACAAAAUUUGAAAUCAUUCUUCUGCUUCUAUAUCGUUCUCCUACAACUCCAUACGAAAAUUGAUUUUCUCUGCAUGAAAAUAAGAAAAGAAGAAUAGCAUCAGGUGUCCUCAACUACCUCGUCUAUCUAUAUCGUAAUCCAUCUCAGGGAAGGAAUUUUGCUGCUAAUUUGAAAAAGAACAAAAAAAAAAGAAAAAAAAAGAAAAAGAGGAAAUAACAUGGGAAAUAGUUUUUUACCGUUUAGCUAGUAAUUAUUCACUAAUUCAUGUAGUAUUCGAGCUACAUUUGAAUAAAUCAUUGCUUAAUGCUUUAACAAUUUGUUUGAUUAUCCGAGGAUUAGAAGCAAGUAUGCAUCGAUUAGAGAGUGCCAAAGUUGAAGGUGCGACGUUACAAAAUUAUAAUAAUCUUGAAAUGAAUACAACAACAUUAUGCAGUGGCCUGGAAAAUAAGAAUGUGCGACUUGUGAAUGAUAAUUUACCUAACGGUAAUGGUCAUAAUAAAAUGACACGUCGUGAUUCGACGCACGCCUGGACGCCGUUGCUUGCAAAUCCAAGCGGAAAUAUAAAUCAUAAUCAAGAGAUUAAAAGAGACGAAUUCUUUAAUGAAUCGAAAACUGAUCUCUGCACUGAAACUAUUAGUAAUAAUAACGAUUGGAAAGAUUCCGAGGAAGUGAAUAUAAAUGGUAUAAAAAAUGAUUUAAUUCAAAAGCAUACCAACAACAACGAAUUACUGGGAAAUGGGAAUAAUGGCAAGGUGUUAUCGCUCAAAUAUGAAGAGCAGGAUCCUUUAACGGGACUAUGCAAGACGCACGUUAACAGCUCUCAGGUUGAAAAUUCCAAUAGAUUAGAAUUUUAUUCUGAGCAAAAUACGAAUACGCGUAACGUUAACGGCUGCGGACUAUUUGGAUGUCGACCGAAAUGGGCCCGUCGACUGGCAUCAACGAACAUGUUUAUGGUCGUUUUUCUAUUGGCCUAUAUCCUGCAGGGCAUGUACAUGACCUAUUUUGUCUCAGUUAUUACAACUAUUGAGAAACUUUUUCAAAUUAAAUCGAAAACAACAGGCGUUCUAUUAAGCGCUAGCGAAAUGGGUCAAAUAAGUACAGCGAUGCUGUUAACCUAUUUCGCCGGACGUGGACAUCGUCCGCGAUGGAUUGCCUGCGGGAUGGUUAUGUUUUCAGUUGCUGCCUUUGCCUGUGCACUCCCUCAUUUUAUAUUCGGUGAAGAAUUAGUGCAAUCAGCUGUAAUUCUCUCCUUCAAGCCGCACGAAGAAACACAAACGCAAACAUUAAGUUCCAGUUUUAAUAUACAUUUACCCAUUACCAAUGCCAGUCUGUUCGAAACGGAACGUUUAUCUCACGCAUCGACAAAAGCUCUUCACGUUCAUUCAAUUAUGGAGUUACCUAACAUGAAUCUCUGCCAGAUUGCGACUAACUCGAAUGGUACAAAUUCCGAUUGUAACGAAAAUCGCAAGCUUGAACAAGCAUCGCAUUCUAAAAUUACUAUUAUUGUAUUAUGCAUUUUUUUUGCUAGCUUGCUCAGUUCCGGAAUUGGUCAAACUGCUGUUGCGACUUUAGGAAUCCCUUAUAUAGAUGAUAAUGUAUCCAGUAAACAGUCGCCUAUGUAUAUGGCGAUAACUAUUGGUGUUCGAAUAUUGGGACCCGCAUCUGGUUUUAUAGUCGGCUCUUUCUGCACACGUUGGUACGUAACACUUGCCAAUCCAGGAUUUAACGCUAAUGAUCCACGCUGGAUUGGGGCUUGGUGGUUAGGUCCAGUUAUUAUUGGUAGCCUUAUGCUUUUGUCAUCAAUAGCCAUGUUUUCAUUUCCGAAACAGUUGCAUAGCAAAAAACUACCUGUAACCAGUAAGCCUGAAAACGAUGCGAUUAUAAAAAAUGCAUCCGAACCCGAGGAAAAACCGAAAUUAAAAGAUUUCCCAAAAACGGUUCGGCGACAACUAAGCAACGACAUACUCAUGUUCCGGACGGCUUCGUGCGUUUUCCAUCUCCUACCUAUUUCAGGUCUUUAUAUAUUUUUACCGAAAUAUCUAGAAACUCAGUUUCGCCUCGCUCCGUACGAUGCCAAUAUGAUAGCCGCUUUCUGCGGUAUACUGGUAAUGGGAGUGGGCAUUGUUGUUUCUGGUCUAGCCAUAUUAAAACUGAAACCAACCGCCAAAGCGGUAGCUGCAUGGAUUGCCAUUACUGCUCUUAUUUAUUCAGCCGGUAUGUUAAUUCUAAUGUUUGUCGGCUGCAAUAUGAACGACUUUGCUGGUUAUGAACCAGCUAACGGCGCCACAUUAGCUAGUAUAAAGCCAGCCUGUAAUGCGACUGCAGAUUGUACGUGCGAUAAAGAAGAAUUCGCACCCAUCUGUGGAAUUGACGGCAAAAUUUACAUUUCCUCAUGUCACGCAGGAUGCUCAAUAGCGUCCAUACGCAAAUCAGAUAAUCAUACGAUUUUCUCGAAUUGUGUAUGCAUUGAGAAUGAAGCGGCUAACGUUACGAAAGCUUAUGAAGCGGAAAGCGGAUAUUGCACCAGUAAUUGUAAAAAUUUCCUCAUUUUUAUUUUUGUUUUUGUCGUAUGUGUAUUUGUGCAUUCAACGUCCGAAGUGGGAAGUAUGUUAUUGGUAAUGCGAUGCACUCAUCCGAAAGAUAAGUCAAUGGCCAUGGGUGUUAUACAAUCCGCGAUUGGCCUAUUCGGAAAUGUUCCUUGCCCUAUAAUAUAUGGUGCCGUUGUAGAUUCAGCGUGUGUCGUAUGGAAAUCAGUAUGCGGUAAACACGGCGCAUGCUCGCUAUACGAUGCAGACAGUUUCCGACACUUUUACUUGGGGAUGACUGCCGGCAUUAUGUUUUUAGCGUUUAUAAUGGAUUUGGUUGUUUGGAGUAAGGCUCAUCGCAUCGAUAUUGAACCUGAAGAGCAUAAUGAAAAUAAAUCUGCCGAUGUCGAUAAUAAAUCAUCGUCUCCGAAUACCAGUGUCUAAAAGUACCACCGUGUAAAAGUCUCAAAAAUCGCACUUCGUUUUUUUAGCACAUUUAAAUAUAUAUAUAUAUAUAACUCUUUUAUUUUGUACGAUUUUAGGUUAGAUAAACAAACAUCCAUAAAAACGUGAUUGUUUUACAUACAUAUAUGCUUAUAUACCUACCUAACAUAUAUGAUGAAAAUAUUCAUAUUAUAUGAAAUGGAUGUGAUUAAUUAAUUUCUUAAGUGUAUGCAUGUGCAAUCAAUAUCACACCCAUUCCAUUCCAUUUCUAAUUAUUAUAUAACAAAUUUAAUUAGAAAUAAUUUAGAAUAGCGUCAUCUCUUUAUAAAUGCAAUACGCAGAUUUGUACAUUUAUUAUGCAUUAUCUGACGCCUGCAUAGUUCAUGAUCAAUAACUGUACAUUUUUAAUUAUCAAAGUUAAAAUUUGUUCCAACAAACAUAGUUUUACAAAAAGAAUAAGAAUUAGAAAAAAGAAAAAACAAAAAAAACAAAAAAAAAAAAAAAACAAAAAAAAAAAAGAGAUAAAAACGAUUUAGAAUUAUCUAAGUUUCGUGCUUUACUUUAAUUAAGUCUUAUGAACAUUCACUGUAAUUUUCAUUUUAUCUGUGGUAGUUAAA